CAACCAAAAGUUUAUAUCAGUUUGUUUUCUUCAUCGUUAUCGUAAAUGAAACCGAAACUUAAACUCCCAACUUCUUUCUACUGAAGGAAGGAGGAAGUUUGUUUUAUUUACUUUAUUAGAAUUCCAUUACUCUACAGAUCUCUUUAUUCAGCAGUUUUAUUUUUGCUUAGUACUUAAACAGAAAAGAAGAUAAUUAUCUAUUGAUGCCUGCACAUGAUUUAUUAAUGUUUGUCUAUAUUUGAUUUUCGUGAAAGUGAAUAAAGAAUCUGAUGUUUGUUUAAUCUUCAUUCUGCUGUAAUGUUGUCAUCAGAAUUGUAUUCGGCUAUUGUCGAGGAAGAAAAGAAAGGUUUAAGUGAGACUAGUUUACAAAAGGCUGCCAAAAAUGUUGGUGCUACUUACAAUGUAAAAGCUUUAAAAAAUGGCUUAGCUUAUCUUGACUAUAAUAAACCUCAAAACAGAUGUGCUUACUUAUACAAGUAUGCUGUCAUCCAUACGGGCCUUGUGAAUAAAUUUUUUCGUAAAUUAGCUAAGAAGAAAGUUGUUCGAAAUAUUCUAAUGAGGAAGAAAGAUUUAAAAAUCAUUUGUUUAGGAGGUGGACCUGGUACAGAUAUCGUUGGUAUUUUCAAAGCACUUUCAGUGUUUCCUUUUAUGCAUCAAAGAGUGAGUCAAUCAUCAAUUCUAGACCUUUGUGUUGGUUGGCAUAAUAGUUUUAAUUACAUUAUGCAGUAUUUAAUGAACGGGAAAGUAAAGGAUGUGCCUCACACGUUUGUUAGAGAUGAUUUCCAAGCCUAUUUCUUGGAGGUAAAUUUAUUGGAACCUUUGAGUCCUCAAGCUGCUGACGCUAUUAGAAAGGCUGAUAUUAUAUGCAUGGUGAAAUUUGUUUCUGCUGUUUUAGGAAACAAAAGUUCUCUGAGUGCUUUGAAAGAAAUUGCCCAUCUAUUUAAAAUUGGAGCAGUCAUCUUAUUUAUUGAUAAUUUUCACAGCAAUGUAUCAGAAUCAGUGCAAGAAAUUUCAAAACAAACUGGAUUGAAAAUAGUUAUGGGACCUGAAGUAGAAAGCUUUCGCAUGGUAUCAAAAUCAAAUCGAAGUACUUUCGGCUGUAAACCUUUAAGGGACGCUCGUGUUACAGUAAUCGGUUUAAUAAAAACUGAUUUGCCAAUAAAAGCCAUUUCAAAUUGUCUAGAUUCAGAUGACGAUUGGGAUACUGAAAGUGAAGAGUCGAAUGAAAAGACGUCUAAGGUAGGCCAUUGCCAUAAAUUUACACAAACUGAUAUGAAAGAAGUGACGUCAGUAAAUUUGGAGGAACUUAAUGAGUUAGUCAAUGCAUUAGAAGAUUUGAUGUCAAUUGUGGCUAAAUUUAAAUCAAGAGAAAACAGAUGUUGUAAUUGUAUUAGACCUUAGGUAUAUAAAGCUGAAAGGUGUUUUGUGAACAUUAUCAAAAUUAUACUUGUACUUAUAAACAAAACAAAAAAUAAAGCUUUUAUGGAAAAAAAUA